CAACCUCCUCCUCUUCUUCUUCUUCGAGGUAGAAGAGAGCAUUGAGCUCGACCACGGUCGGAGUACAACAUGGCGGGGGGAGGCUUGGCAGUGGCGGCGCCGGGGGCGAGCCAGUUCGAGGCAAAGAUAACGCCUAUCGUCAUCAUCUCCUGCAUAAUGGCCGCGACCGGCGGCCUCAUGUUCGGCUACGACGUCGGGGUUUCAGGCGGAGUCACGUCGAUGCCCCAUUUCUUGAAGAAGUUCUUCCCGGUGGUGUACCGGAAAACCCAACAGCCGGGGCUCGACAGCAACUACUGCAAGUACGACAACCAGGGCCUCCAGCUGUUCACCUCGUCGCUGUACCUCGCCGGGCUGACGGCCACCUUCUUCGCGUCCUACACGACGAGGCGGCUCGGGAGGCGGCUCACCAUGCUCAUCGCCGGGAUCUUCUUCAUCCUCGGGGUCACGUUCAACACCGCCGCCCAGGACCUGGCCAUGCUCAUCGUCGGGCGGAUCUUGCUCGGCUGCGGCGUCGGCUUCGCCAAUCAGGCGGUACCACUGUUUCUGUCGGAGAUCGCGCCGACGAGGAUCCGAGGAGGGCUCAACAUACUGUUCCAGCUCAACGUCACCAUCGGCAUCCUCUUCGCAAAUCUAGUCAACUACGGCACUAACAAGAUCAAAGGGGGAUGGGGUUGGAGGCUGUCCCUGGGGCUAGCGGGCAUCCCGGCCGGUCUUCUGACCAUAGGGGCUCUCAUGGUGGUCGACACGCCCAACAGCCUCAUCGAGCGCGGCCGCCAUGAGGAAGGCAAAGCGGUCCUCCAGAAGAUACGAGGGAUCGACAAUGUCGAGCCCGAGUACUUGGAGCUCGUCGAGGCGAGCCGUGUCGCCAAAGAAGUGAAGCACCCGUUCCGGAACCUCCUCAAGAGGAGAAACAGGCCUCAGCUAGUCAUUGCCAUGUCCUUGCAGCUUUUCCAACAAUGCACCGGCAUCAAUGCCAUCAUGUUCUACGCGCCGGUCCUCUUCAACACGGUGGGAUUCGGGGGCGACGCGUCGCUCUACUCGGCCGUCAUAGUCGGGGCUGUCAAUGUCCUAUCCACUUGCGUGUCCAUUUAUUCAGUCGACAAGGUCGGUCGCCGGAUGCUCUUGCUAGAGGCUGGCGUGCAAAUGUUCCUGUCCCAGACUGCGAUCGCCAUUAUACUCGGAAUCAAAGUCAAGGACCACUCGGAGAAUCUCAGUCACAGCUUCUCCAUCUUUGUGGUCAUCCUGGUCUGCACGUUCAUCUCGGCUUUCGCGUGGUCAUGGGGCCCCCUCGGGUGGCUGAUCCCGAGCGAGACCUUCCCCCUGGAGACGCGCUCGGCGGGGCAGAGCGUGACGGUCUGCGUCAACUUGCUCUUCACCUUCGUGAUCGCGCAGGCCUUCCUCUCGAUGCUGUGCCACUUCAAGUUCGGCAUCUUCCUCUUCUUCUCCGGGUGGGUGUUGAUCAUGUCGCUGUUCGUCCUGCUUCUGGUCCCGGAGACAAAGAACGUCCCCAUCGAGGAGAUGACCGAGAAAGUGUGGAUGCAGCAUUGGUUCUGGAAACGGUUCAUGGACGACAAAAUUCCAGUAAAGAACGGUAACGGCGCCUCCCUGAAUGGACACAACAAUGGACUAUAAAUCGCCUUCGCAGUUGUAAAUCUAUAGUAUUCGUCGAGAUAUACUGACGAUACAUAAGCUAGUAUGAAGUUUUCUAGGUGACUAUCUUUAUUGUAUUGAUAUGCAGAGUUUGCUUUCACUUAUACACGUCCUUGUUGUUGAGUGA